AGCGCUGGGGGUUACAUUAAUGUUUGGUUUUCUUAUACAAACAAAUGGAUUGUCCAUAUUCACAGAUAACAGCGACAACAGUUCAAAUUUACUGGACAUCAAUAGUCUGGACUCCAAAAAUACGGACGUUUUCCGGCAGUUACUGAAUCAAGAAACAAUCAUUAGAAUGUCACUAGUGAAGAACGUACACGCUUUAAUGAAGGACAUGUUCGAUCUGAAGAAAAGUAUGGAGACAUUGGAAACAUCUCAGCAGAAAACAGAUGUAGAAGUUGCCGCCUUAAAACAGGAGGUUGAUAAACUAAAAAGACAAAACCAAAGGUUUGAGCUUGAACACAGGCGCUAUGAAGAGACGUUUAGAGCUGUUACAGAAAAUUUUACGAAAAUCGACGAGCACAUUCAACAGGUUGUGGCGCAAUUGGAGGAGAAAAGAGAGAAUUUCGAGAUUAACACUAGUGUAGUACUGGCGGAUCUUAAAGUAGAAGUUCGGUAUCUGUCAGUUACUCUUCUGGACUUGAAUAAACACACUUUGGAAAUGGACAAGAAUAUUCCUAAAUUGAUAGAAGAAAAAUAUGAACACUUAUCUUUGAGAAUGAACACCUCUGUGGAGAACCUGACUAAUGAUAUAAUGACAACAAAUAAAACAAUGCUUAAAUCCGUGUCUGACCUCGAACACUCACAAAAUAUUAUACAAAAUUCUAUAUCUGUGAACAUCAAUAAAACAUUAGAGGACAUGAUGGCGGAAGUGAAACAAUCUAAGUAUGACCAACUGCAGCUGUCUUCUACAGUGUCCUCUCUCGAGGUGUUCCGAAUCAAUUUGACGAAUAACAUAUUAGAUAAAUCAAAGAAUGUAGGUUUCUCCGCCUCAACGACGUCCGGCAGCUCAUCAUGGAACAGUGGCACUCUUGUAUUUCCUUCUGUCAUCACCAACGAAGGCAAUGGAUAUAAUCCAAGUAACGGAAUAUUUACAGCUCCUACAGGCGGGAUGUACGUUUUCUUCGUGAAUGUUCAGAGUUCCGGUACUAAAGAUAUUUAUGUAGACAUUGUGUUGAAUGGAUCAACUAAAGUCAGAACGAUGGCCUGGAGUAACGGUAAUGAUUAUUACGAUGCAGGUCCCAAUAUGGUAGUGUUGACUUUGCAGAAGGGAGACGCAGUUUGGGUCAAACAUAGAUCUGGUAAAGGCUAUUACUACGAUGGUCCUAUUACUACUUUCUCCGGUUUUCUUAUAUACAUGUAAUUAAAUCUGUAAAAAGUCAUUGUGCAUACCAUGGACAUUGCGUAUGCACGUUCCGUUACAA